AAAUUUUAUAUAAAUAAGGGCACGUUCUCCAUUAUUUGUUAUACAUUUUAUUAGCUUACAUCACUCUUAUAUAUGUAACCAAUAUAAUAAGAGAAAAUAUUUUCAUCACUAUUGAAGGUUGUUCAACAAUUCAAAUAGCUAUUAUAAUGGAUGAAAAGGUGAAAACUCUUGAAUUAGAAUUACAACAUGUGAGAGAGGAGAACAAUACUCUAAGAUUCAUGCUUGAAGUUAUGAAGAUCAAGUGCACAAAUUUAGAAUCACAUCUUCAAGAGAUCAACAAAGAAGAACACAAAGAGAUCAUAAAUUCAAAUCAAUUUGGGUUAUUAUCAAACUUUGAUACAAGAAAAAGAGCAAGACUAGAGCACUUUCCAACCGCCAAAAAACCAUUACAAGUAUUUGUCAAAACUCAUCCUAAUGAUGAAAGUUUGAUGGUAAAAGAUGGUUAUCAAUGGAGAAAGUAUGGACAAAAAGUUACCAAAGAUAAUGCUUCUCCUAGAGCUUACUUUAGGUGCUCAAUGGCUCCUAGUUGCCCAGCAAAAAAGAAGGUGCAAAAAAGCUUACAUGAUAAGUCUAUCAUUGUUGCAACUUAUGAUGGAGAACACAACCAUGGUGUCUCUAAUGACUCAUUCAAAUCAUCUUCAUCCACACUCAAUGAUUCAUCAAUAUCUACUUAUAAUAAACUAUCAACAAUACUAAAUGGCAAAGAAACCAUAAACACUAGAAUUCGUGAUAAUGUCAAGCAACAACAAUUUGGCUAUGAAAAGCAUAUCAUGAUUGAAGAAUAUGCGAGUUCGCUAAUCAAAGAUCCUGACUUCACUACGGUAUUAGUUAAGGCAAUUGCAAAAACUAUCACAGGUCAAGAGCAUAUGCGACAAGGUCUAAAUCUCAAUUUGAAUCUUUCAGAAGAGUGAAAUCAAUAAUAUAUCUUGAUAAUUUAGUUCGGUCAUAAUGUAAAUAAAGUCUAGGCAAAGAUUGUUUCGGUUAGAAUAUGGUUAUUGAAGAUAAAAUUUUAUUCAAUAAUAUGAUAGGCUUGUAUCAUUGAAAGUGAGAAACUUGUACCAAAACGACUGACUAAAAUUUGUAACUUGUAUUCUAAGCAAUAGCAUGAUAUUUAGAGAGCAUUUGUCUUCAUCUGUUCAUGUAACAAUGGGGGCAUAAACUAUAUAUUGUCUAUUGCCAGUUCUGACUUUUGAGGUCUCAGAGCACCUUAACUUCU